UUGUGGAGGUGGGCGACUGCUGGUGGCGAUAUAGACUCAGGGCCAGAGCCAAUGGCUCAUCAAUCGCCCCCUGCCCCGCAGUCUCCCCCAUCUCAGCUCUGACCCGGCGUGCGCUACCGCGGGACUCCCGUUCACCCCCACCCAUCCCACCUUCUCUUUUCCAGCUGAUGCUCACGUUCCCCGAGUCUCAGGCGUUCGGACAAAUUUUGCACCGCUUCUAGUUUAAGAGACGGGCUCGACUGCGCCUCUACACCUGGAUUUUUUUUAAGCUGUCACGAUGUUAGAAAGCGCGUCGGCAUCUUCCUCUGUGAUUCUGUGCUGCCUGGUGGCAUUGACCCUUCUUACACUCAUGGAAGCGAAGGGCAAUUUCUACGCUCCGUACCGCUAUAACCUCUUCACCUCAGGGACAAGUCCCAGUCUGAAAGGAGCAGGGCGGAGCACGGCCCGGCACAAGAAUUAUUGCGCCUAUAUUGUGAAGAAGAAUAUCACUUGCACGAUGCAAGACGGCACAGACACCUUUGUGAAAGCCGAAUACCAUCAGUGUGCUUGGGGACAACUCAAGUGUCCGGGCGUAGUCAUAUAUCGGACCUUUCUAAAGCCUAGGUAUAAAAUUGGAUACAAGACAGUUACAGAGUUGGAAUGGAGAUGUUGUCCAGGAUAUUCUGGUGAUGCUUGCCAAGAAGGUCCUACUAUAGGAGUCCCUGAACUUGGACCAUCAUAUCCAGGACCCAGAAAAGGUUAUUAUGGCCCUAAACCUCCAGAUAUAUAUGGGGAACGAAUUGACCGUUUAGAAGAUGAAAUGCGACGAUUUUCACAAUCAGUUGAGAAACUCCAAACAAUGGUCAGUGGAAUCAGUGAUAGCCUCAGGCUAUCGAUUCAGGAGGAUACCAACAAAAUGAUUGUUUCGUUGCUAAAUAAUCUGAAAUACCCUGAUGCUGCAGUUGGCUUUGGAUAUAUAACCGAUGGCCUAGAAAACCUGACUAAAGGGGAACCAACAUAUCCACCAGCAAUGGGAGACUUGGUGGCUAAAGUGACAGAAGUUAAGGAUGUAUUGAAAACAAAGAGUGACUUGCUUGAUGAAGUUCAUGGGAUGGUGAUUGGCCACGAUGGACAACUCAGACAACUACUGGAGGCCAGUAGACCCUCUUCACCUUUAGUCACUGAGAACUUAAUUGGUCCUUACAUAGAUGCCAAACUCACCAAGUUCAGAGGGGACCUAUUGGAUGGCUUUGAAAACAAGUUUACAGGUGUCCAAACCGACUGUGAUUACAAGGUAAAGCUGGUCCAACAGCAGUGCGAUGAACUAAAAAGUAUAAACCAAAGACUUCAGGAAACAAUAGAUGGAAAAGAAUCUGACCUGAAGAAGGAGAUUAAUAAUUUACAAACUCAAAUUGAUGGAUUGGCUGUAACUGAAAAUUGUUGUGACACUGUUAAGUAUUUGACAGACAAAGUCACCGCCUUGGAACAAAAACUACGUGAGAUCUCCGACAAUCAAAAGUCAUUAACAACUCGAUUUGAGAAUGAAUUACCACAGUUCUCCACCAUUCACAUAGAAAAUAUCCAUGAUAGUAGGUUGGAUGACAUUGAGGCUAAAAUCAACACAACAGAGAAAAGCUUAGAAGAAAAUUGCUUGAACAUUGAAAACAACAUUAAGGAGUAUUUUGGGACUGAAUUGGAUGGAAUGAAAACAAUUAUGCACGAUAAGCUGAAGGAGAUCGAGAGCCGGGUUACCAUUAUAGUUGAAGAAAUAAGCAAUGUAACUACACCUGCAAACCUAGAGGGAGUAGUAAUUCCAAUGCUAGAAACAGAAAUUGCUACUAUUAAAAAGCAAAAUCACGAUGGUCUGGAUAACUUGGAGGGGAGAAUUAUAGCUCUGGAAAAUCAGUGUACCUCAGUUAUUAGCGACAUUGAAAUUCUCAGAACAGACGUUGAUGGCUGUCAGAAAAACUGCCGAGAUAUUGUGGCCCAGCUGGAUAAGAACUCCGGCCUGCUCAACAGGCUUAACUAUUCCAUGUUUGAAAUACAAAGGAAAAUUAAAGAGGAAGAAGAAUCCAGUGGAGUGCAGGGAGAAAUUACUUUACUGAAGAUCAACAUCAACUCAGUUAACAAAACCCUGAAAGGAAUUAAAGAGGCUGUCAGCCGAUACGCUGACGAUUUUGCCAAUGCCAAUUCAACCUGGGAUGAACACGACCGCAAAAUGACAGAUGAAGUUCAUCUAAUUCAACAGAUACUGACUAGCCAAGGUUCCCAGCUUAUGUUUAAUGGCAAGCGUGUCCAUGAGCUCAAAGGAGAUCUUCAGCGAAUUAACCACAGGGUUAUGUCAGAUCUCCAUAACUGCAAGCACAGUGCUCAAGACAUCCAGAAGGAAGUAUCUCAGGUUGACAGGCGGGUGGCAGAAAUGGAGAGUGUGUGCAGUAAACUAAAUGCACUAGCAGCCAGUCUGGAUUUUAUUAAGGAUGCUUUGGAUAAUCAUGCUGGUGAUCUGUGGAGUUACUUAGACCAAAUGAAUGGAACCCUUGUGAUACAUGGUCAAGAAAUCACUGGUCUGAAAGAUUCAGUGCGUGAGUGCCGUACCAAGAUUUCAGGCAUUGGAGAGCAGCCAUUAUUUGGUUUACAAGAACCCAUUGGCCCUUCAGGAGCAUCAGGAAACAAGGGUCUUACUAACCACGUCGUAUUUUCUGUUGGUCUAACUGAAGAGCCCUUUACUGCUGAUAAUGGUGUUGUAAGGUUCAACAAAAUUCUGAUCAACGAUGGAGGGCAUUAUGCACCUAACACAGGUGUAUUUACUGUCCCUCACAGUGGACAGUAUUUUAUUAGUGCUGUACUGACUCCGCAAAGAAAUGAACGCAUAGAGGCUGUGCUGACAGUAUCCAAUGUAAGCAUUGCACAAGUGGACACAGCCGGCUAUAGGACUGAACGACUAGAAAUUUCAGUGGAUGAAAAUGAGGAUCAUCCUGGAGGAGGCCUUGCUGUGUUCAGCCUAAUUCUCAGGCUGAAAGCUGGUGAUGAAGUCAGUGUUGUUGUCAUGUCAGGAAAAUUAGCUUACACGAGAACAGAGGAGCUAUACUCUACAUUCAGUGCUAUUUUAUGGAACGAUUCACCAAUGCAUAGUUGACAAAACCGAGGUAACUAGAACUGAUAGAAUUGGCCAUCCUUUGAUUUAAAAUGCUUACUGUAAAUCUCACAAUGAACUAACUGGAAAUACUCAUUUCAAUUGUAAACAUCUGGCAGACUGAACUACACUAGAACUGCAAUCUUUGGCCAAUCUAAAUUUUUAAGUCAAGAACCACUAAGUGAAACAAACUGAGUUACUGUAUAUUCAAGUUAAAUAUCUUCAGAGACAAAGCCUGUAGGUUACCGUUCAUGUGUUAUUAACCCUUUGAGAAUAGUACUGUUCAGCCAGAUAAUGGCAUCAUUUAAUAUUAAGAUGACUGAUUUUAAAAAUGCUAUUUCCUUUGUACAUAUUAUGAUUCUAUUUUAAAUUACUCAUUUUCUGACAUUUCCAGUUUUAUAUAAUCUAUACAAAGAUAAUAGUACUUUGAAAGCUUAGUCUCAAUGCUGAACAGGUUAAAAAGCUGAAGAUUUUAUAUGGGAUCUUAAAAUGUUUGUCAGUGGCCAUUUAAUCAAAAGAACUUUUCUCAUCGAAGGAAAUUCCAUGUAAAAUGCUCAAACCCAGAAUAUUAAACAGCAUGACUUACACUAGAGCGAUUUUCAAUGUUUGGAGCUCAGAAAUAUCCUGGCACCACCAUUCCCUGCUAGACUGUACAUCAGGAUGUAAGCUAUCAUUGGCCAUUAGAACAUUGUUAGCUUAUAAAACCAGGCCAAGUGGUAGCAAAUAUUUUGACUUGGGUAGCCUAAACAACCCUGUAGUUACCAGAAUAAUUUAUUUUUAAAUGUAAGCUUUUCAUUCUUUUCUAUGAAAAUUCAUCAUUAAACUUCAUUUGUCAUACAGGCUAAGCUACACUUACUCCAUGCCAACUUUUCAUGUCUUCAUUUUAAAAUUUUGUGUGCAUUUGCCUUCACUUUUAACUAUCCAAAGAUUCAGAGAGCAGAUAUUGAGAAAUGAAUAGCAGUUACCUAGGCUGCACUCAGAAUUUCUGCCAAUUUGCUAACAAUGAGAUAGUUGACUUUCAUCAAGGAGUCAGUGCUAAUAUGCUUCCUAUGUUUGAACGUUAUGGAUUAUGAAUUGUUUCUGCAUCAACUGAACAUUAGUUAGGGACGUGAUUUAUUGUGUCAGCAAUACCCAGUAUCAUUUCCAAGGCAGAAAAGUUGCAUUUUCAAUAACGAUUGUUAAAUGUUAAUGAAUGCUUGUGAAUGGUCAGAGAUUGUGAAGUGGAUGAAUGUACAGCAGAGCGGACACAAUGGUCUGAAUGCCUAAUCCUGCUCUCAUGUCUUAUGGUAUUUAACUGAAAUUAGUUGUUAAAAAUAACAUUCAGAUGCAGAUUAUAGCACAGUAAUCACUUAAGUAUUUGAUCAAUCGACUGUUUGAAGUUGACAGUCUGUUGUAAAACAAACUGCCAGAACAUUUGCAGUAAUUUGAAAUAUUUCCCCAAAAAUAUAUUGAGAAAAAGUAUAAUUCUUUAUAUUUAGUAAUAAAUGCUAACAUAACAUUGCAGCUCAGACAUUUUUAACACAAUGAAGAAUUGUUCAACAUACACAUGAACUUGAAAUCCUCGUGUUUGUAUAUUAGUGUACAUCUUUGAACAUAUGAAACUUGAUGAACAAGUUAUGGUGCUAUUUUCUGUAAAUUAAAUACA